AGUAGGAUCACUUCCGGAGUAAAAAAAUAUUGUUGCAUAAAAAUGUUUUCGAGGUGCUGCAGAACAAAAUUAGUUAAUCAGACGGUAUAUUUGUUUGGCCGGUAUCAGAGUACACUGGUUAUUGCUGAGCAUGACAAUCAGAAACUUAUACCUAUCACCCUGAAUACAAUAACAGCUGCCAAUAAAAUAGGAGGUGAUAUAACAUGUCUGGUUGCUGGUACACAAUGUUCAAAGGUUGCAGAAGAAGUCAGUAAAAUUCCAGGUGUCAGUAAGGUAUUAUUGGCAGACAAUGAGGCAUUUAAAGGAUUUCUUCCAGAGUCAUUAACCCCUUUAUUGUUGGCCACACAGAAACAGUUCAACUUUAGUCAUAUAUUAGCUGGAGCGACAGCAAUGGGAAAGGGUUUGUUACCUCGGUUAGCUGCCAAACUUGAUGUAUCCCCUAUCUCUGAUAUAAUUGGUAUAAAAGACAAAGAAACAUUUAUAAGAACUAUUUAUGCAGGUAAUGCCAUCCAAACACUGAAGUCUAAAGACAGUUUAAAGAUAAUAUCUGUCAGAGGGACUGCAUUUGAAGCUGCUGCCUUAGAAGGUGGGAAUGCUGCCUCAGAAAAUGCACCAUCUGCAGAUGUAAAAAAUGAUGUGUCAGAGUAUGUAUCCCAAGAACUUAGUAAAAGUGAUCGUCCAGAACUCACUGCAGCAAAAACAGUAAUAUCUGGAGGUCGAGGGAUGAAGAAUGGUGAGAACUUUAAGAUGUUGUAUGAUUUAGCAGAUAAGAUGGGAGCCGCUGUAGGUGCCUCCAGAGCAGCUGUAGAUGCAGGUUUUGUUCCUAAUGAUAUGCAAGUAGGACAAACAGGAAAAAUUGUUGCUCCAGAUCUAUAUGUAGCUGUAGGAAUAUCUGGUGCCAUACAACACUUAGCUGGUAUGAAGGAUAGUAAAGUUAUUGUAGCUAUCAAUAAAGACCCAGAAGCACCAAUAUUUCAAGUAGCUGAUUAUGGACUAGUUCAGGACUUAUUUAAGGCUGUACCAGAAAUGACAGACAUCGUUGGAAAGAAAUGAAACAAAGACUACUGAAAACAAUUGCACCAGACUCUAACUUGUCAUAUAAAAUUAAUGUUAAUUUGUAGUAUAUAAAAGAUGAUAGUAAAUUAUUGAGCAUAAACUGUAUAAACAGAUGAAAAUGUGACUUGUGUGUAACAUAUUUGUAUUACUUGAAGUGACUAUUGAACACAUUACAUAAUUCAAUUUUUA